GCGCAUUCACUAUAAAUAGAAGUGGCUACUGUCUGACGGUACAUUGCCUCACAGAGCACUGAGAAGGGGCGUUCGCACCCCCAAUACCUAAACCAAAAAUACUCAAGCUUUUGUGAAAAUUUUGGAAGUUCGACUGAAGACAAAAUGAAGAGCUUCAGGAUCGUGUUAUUAUGUAUUGGCUCACUCUCCGUAGCGACAUCUGCACCGGCCGCAUCCCGAGACAGUUCAUCCCAACCGUCAGAAUAUGAAUACGACUACGAAAACUCAGCACAAUCAGGCCAGGCGCAAGAACCACAGGAAUCUGCUAGCCAUUAUGACGCUUAUAUUCAAGACGUUAAGGCUGCCGCUAGCGGAGACGGUGGCGCUAAGAAAGGAUACAGUAGAGGUAGCGGUUUGAGAACCAUAGCGGUUGGAAGCGCGAAUCAAGCAAAGACAGCGCUUGGUAACCAAGCAGCGGCUGCGUACCAGGCCGCUUAUAUGGCUAAGAAUACUUUAGCUCAGUCAGCGGCUCAAGCUAGUGCCACAGCGCAGGCAGCGCUUGCUGGUAAACAGGUGAUCUUGUCCGGAUUAGAACAGCAAGUGAGGGAUGCUAAGGUCGCACUUCAGGGUGAGGAAAUGCAGCUCCAACAGGCCAAGAGAUCUGCUCAAUCUGCCGCGCAAGCUGCCCAGCAGGCUAUGCAUCAGGUGAACGUAAUCCAAGCAGCACUGAACGCCGCUCAAGCUACCUCCGAGAAUGCCAACGAGGCCGCGUCGCAGGCCGCCGGUGAGUUGGGUGCACAGACCGCCAUGGUGGGUGCGGCCAGGCAGAGGCUGCAGACUCUUCAGGAACAACUGCACGGUGUCAGGAUCGACUUCGAGGCCACCCAGGCCGCUGCCAGGAAGGCACAGGCGGCCGCACAACAGGCGCAGGCUAAUGCCGCCGCUGCAGCAGCGAAGGCAGCGGCUGCCGGACUCGGCUCUGGACAGCAUCACGACGCCUCCCACGAAGGUACGACUUACGAAGAGUACAAGGUUGCACCCUCUUCAGAACAGAACAGCCAAGAGUAUUACCCGCGUCAGUCGGACUUCCAACACUAGUAGCAUUAAGGUUUUAGGUGCCUAAUUCCCCCUGGGGUUUUGUAGUCUUUUUUAGCUCAUUAUUUCUUCACUUAUUACUUUUCCAGCAUUUAAAUACAGUUUACUAUAUUUUAUUACGUAUAGGUAUUUAAUAACUUAUUUUCUCUGUAUUGACCCUUUUUUCUUUAAUUCCUUGUUCCUUCUUCACUCUUUAGCUAUAUAAAAUGAACUAAGAAAGUUAAUGAAACCCCGGAAUAUUUGAUUCGGAUAUUAUUAAAAUAGAUUUUUAAAGUACAAGACAUUAUGAGCAUUAAGGAUUUCUGAAAAUAUUUCUUAGUUUUUGUCACAAUUAAAAAAAAAAGUAGAGAAAACGCGCGACUUUUUAAUAGUGAUGGAAACUGUCCAGAAAUAAUAAUAAUACAGCUUUCAUGAAUACUCAAAACGAUUAUUGGAAGUUAGAUCAACACUAUUUAUUUCAUAAUGUAAAAACUAUUUUAAUAAUAUCAUAAUAAUUAGUAGUUCGUCUACUGAAAUGUAAAUAAAAACAAUUUUUGUUAAACUAGUUUAGUCGGGACCUCAACUCUAAUUUUGUGAGUCUUUGUGAUAUUUUAUGUAGAUCUAUUUUUUUUAUACUUUUUUAUACAAACGUGAAGUCUAUUUAUACAUAUGUGGUGGAUGUACACUUUCGUUUUGGACUUUUAUAACUUUUUUAAACAGUUGUAUUUUUUUAAAACGAAAGUGCCAGUAAGUAUAAUAAUCAAUAGUAAAAUACACUAACCAGAAAAAAUUAAGUGCGAUGUCACAUAAAACAAUGUUUUAGGAGAAAUGCGAUCGACGUGUAUGAAUUUGUAUAAAAAUAAAAAAUGUUUUGUUAAUAAUUGUUAUUUCAAUAUUGUAUUGACUGGUUAUGUAUGACUUUUGACGACAGAGUUGACUAUUAUUUGGUAGCUGGGAAAU